AUGGAUAGGUCUACAUUGCAUAUGAGGUUUAAUGAACUUGUUGGAUUGGGGUCGAAUGAAUUUGCUGAAUUGGGUAUAGGGUUGGAUGAACUUGAUGCAUUGAAGGAGGGAUCAAUAGUGAGAUCAAAUGGAUUGGUGGAGGUGGGAUCAACAGUGGGAUCAACUAGAUUGGUGGAGGUGAGAUCAACUAUGGAGGACGAAUCAAUGGAGGGAGGAUGA